UGAAGCUGUGUACGCCCGCACCAAUGGAAAGAGGUCAGGGGGCGGGCCUAGUGCGUUUCUCCCUGGAACAUGGCGGCGGCUCGCUGCACCGGAUAGAGCAAGGAUUGGGAGCCAUUGCACAAAUUCAAGAGCAGCAUUGGAGAGUGUGAGCCAAUGAAGCGCUCUCAGACACCUCCUGGCUCCAUUGCAAAUGGUGCCCUAAGCGCCCUUUCUCGGGAGUUGGGGAAGGGGAGUGCGGUCAUGCUUUCGGCAGCUGUGUUGGAGCUUCCUAGCCCUGGUGCACGAGGUUUUCCUCAGAGUGAAGGUACCCGUGUGGCAACACCAAGCGAUGUCCAGGUGACAGAGAGCAAGUCAGGGGGCACCGUCAAAGUGUAUCUUCCGAACCAGCAAAGGACGGUGGUGAAUGUCAGGCCUGGGAUGACAGUGUACGAUUCUCUGGAUAAAGCACUCAAAGUGCGUGGCCUGAGCCAAGAAUGCUGCGCUGUGUAUCGCCUAAUCCAGGGUCGGAAAAUGGUUACAGACUGGGAAACGGACAUCACGCCUCUUGUUGGAGAAGAGUUGAUAGUGGAAGUGCUGGCUGAUGUCCCUUUAUCCAUGCACAAUUUUGUCAGGAAGACAUAUUUCAACUUGGCAUUCUGUGACUUCUGUCUCAAGUUUUUGUUCCAUGGCUUCCGCUGUCAGACGUGUGGCUACAAAUUCCAUCAGCACUGCAGCAGUAAAGUGCCUACCGCCUGUGUGGACAUGGCUAAACUUCACAAGCCCAUAACAAUUAACGAACAGGAUCUGUCAAUGUACUAUGAUCAUUCCCGUUUAAACCAUGAGCCCUACACGCCACAGCCAUCCAGCCCUCGGACACAGCACCCAGGAACCGCUUCCUUUUCAUUUCCCGGGGAGGGACAGCCCCUGCAGAGACAUCGUUCCACCUCCACACCCAAUGUCCAUAUUGACAGCACCACGGGUCCUGUGGAUAACUCCAUUAUUGAGGAAGCAUUACGCAUUGCGGCCUUAAACUCUAGUGCCCCCAAAAGUGGUCAGUCUGUAGGCACGGUUUCUCCACAAGCCAAGUCACCCGUAGAACCAACACGAGAACGAAAAUCUUCAGCCUCUGAUGAGAAGAAGAAAGUGAAGCAGCUUGGGUACCGUGAUUCCAGUUACUACUGGGAAGUAAAUCCCAGUGAGGUUUUAAUCUUGAAGAGGAUCGGCACGGGUUCUUUUGGAACUGUGUACCGGGGGAAGUGGCAUGGAGAUGUAGCUGUUAAAAUUCUUAAAGUGACCAAUCCUACGGCAGAGCAGAUUCAGGCUUUCAAGAAUGAGAUGCAGGUCCUCAGGAAAACGCGCCAUGUCAACAUUCUUUUAUUCAUGGGAUUUAUGACACGGCCAAACUUUGCAAUAAUUACCCAAUGGUGUGAGGGUAGCAGCUUGUAUCGACAUCUCCAUGUAAUCGAAACACGAUUUGAUAUCUUUCAGCUUAUCGACAUUGCCCGCCAAACAGCGCAGGGGAUGGAUUAUCUCCAUGCUAAGAAUAUUAUACAUCGAGACCUGAAAUCCAAUAACAUAUUCCUGCAUGAGGGUCUUACAGUGAAGAUUGGUGACUUUGGUUUGGCCACAGUAAAGACUCGGUGGAGUGGAUCUCAGCAGGUGGAGCAGCCCAGCGGUUCUAUCCUAUGGAUGGCCCCUGAAGUAAUCCGAAUGCAGGAGAACAGUCCGUACAGUUUCCAGUCUGAUGUAUACGCCUAUGGAGUAGUCCUCUAUGAGCUCAUGGCUGGAUUAUUACCGUAUGCCAGUAUCAACAACAGAGAUCAGAUCAUUUUCAUGGUGGGACGUGGAUACCUAUUUCCUGACCUUACCAAAGUGUCUAACAAUUGCCCAAAAGCAAUGAAGCGGCUUUUAGUAAACUGCUUAAAAUUCAAGAGAGAAGAAAGACCUCUUUUUCCACAAAUACUUUCCUCCAUUGAGUUGCUUCAGCGAGCUCUCCCUAAAAUAGAACGCAGUGCCUCUGAACCUUCAUUACAUCGUGCAGCCAACUCUGAGGACCUCAACCAGUUUCUGGUCACCACCCUUCGCCUUGUGCCCCAGUGAUGGCGUUUGAACAAACUAGGCACAGCAGGGAUACCUUGUGGGUCACUUGUCGGUCGUGAGAAUUACAUCCCAGGGUGGUAUAUCUUGGGCUGUGACAGCAUUCGGUGUCUCACAUAGGAAAGAGGAAAUGUUACCAUGUGGGCUGUAAUAGGGCUUUCUCAAUACUCACUCUAUGGGCUGCUGUGUUCUUUUAAGCUGAGUCUUUUUAAAUCAGUGAUUCAUUUUUAAUUUUGAUGUAUUCCUACUUGUUCAACAACAUUUCUCUCUUCAUCUUUGUUGUUUUGGGUAACAGUAGAGUUAAUCAGGACGAGUCAGGUUGCAAAGCUCUUAUGAUCGAGGGUCAUAGCUUGAGAAGGGAGAAGUGUGAUUAAUUGGAAGAAAGAUGUGGGUCGAUAUCCAGAGGUGUCCUGAGGAUAAUGAAACAUGGAGGCAAAGAUUUGCAAUAGUUGGACACCGUGCAAUGCACAGCAAGUGAAACAAAAAAUGCUGAAACCUCAGUUUCAUUGUUAAACCCAUAAGAAAGAUACUCGUUCAGAGUAAUACGUACUGCAGGUAAAAAAGGUGAGGAACUUCUUCUUUGGUCCUCCCAAAACUACUGCAAGAAUAAAAUGGGUCUUUUGAAGGAAAGUUAUUUUUUCUAAAUGGGUCUCCAUGCAGUUACGUAUGUGCCUUCCUCAAAGAUAACGCCGAAAGUUCUCCAGUGAGGCUAUUGCGUUGUUUAUGCUUUUGAGAUAUAUAUAUAUAUAUAUAUAUAUAUAUAUAUAUAUAUAUAUAUAUAUAAUUUUUAUUUUUUUGCAAUAAAUGUAAUUAUUUUCUUGGGAACCAAGGAGCCUACGCGUACAACCUUAUCUUUACUAUCAGUGAUUUCCAAUAAAUGGACAUUGCUAUUUGAUAAUCAAUUUUGCAUUCAAUUCUUGGAGACUGUAUUAAAGGACACCCAUUCACCUACUCGCCAUUGUGCAUCUCCUAGAAGAUGAAGCUAUUUAUUGCCUAGACUAAAAAUGUGCCUGAUUAUAACGUCUUUGAGAAUUUGAGGCCUUUAAAAGGUCUAUGAUUUGUAAAAGUGGAAUAUUCUUUAUGUUAAUAUGGACUUUUUAGCAUUGAAUCAUGUACUAUAUUAACUGUUACUGUCUUUUUAUUGCAAGAAUUAAAGUCAGUGAUAGCAAUGAGGUAAAUACGGUCCUGUAAGCUUGAGAAUCUUUGAAUACAUAGAUCUGUAUGAGGGAAAAUAAAACUUUAAAAUUGUAUUUGAACAUAAGGAUGUGUAAUAUAUAUAUAGUUUUAAUAAAAAUAUGUUUGGUGUAA